UCCCUUCCCGCAGAGGAAUUAAACAUCAGAUGAGUCACCCGUCAGCAAUGGAGGUAGCUUCGAUGCAGUCACGUGACUUCACUGACGUGGACCUGAGUGAGUCCGACUUCCAAACAGAGACCCCGGCUGGCCACAGGUCUUACCAUAAAGUGUCACCGGACAAAGUCAAGUUCUACACCUUGGGCCAUCAGAUGCGGACGAGACAAAAAGUUGUGAGCAACUACUCGACGGUGACAAAGGGAGCGUCAACGGCAGCCAAACCCAGAGCUGCGCUCAAACAAGUUUUCUUCAACCAGGGAGUGUCUGACAGGAACCUUACAGCCGAGGAAAGGAGUCAGCUGGACGUGUUGAAGCAGGAGCUGGAGACCUUCGGUGUGCCCGUCAGCCUGAAGUGGAGAUGGAGGGAGGAGAGCCGCGGAAGCAUGCUGGAGAAGAAUUGGACGGAUAUUGUCAACUCACACUCUAUCAUGCCUCGGUUGCAGAAGCACCAGCAGGAAGCCAUGUGGGAGUUUGUGCUCACCGAGCUCAACUACAUCAACAGGCUUAUUAUCAUCAAAGACUUGGUGAUCGCGGCGCUGGUCAACCUGCACCAUCGUGGCUUCCUCCAGGAGGUGACCCCCGAGGACCUCUUCUCCAACCUUCCUUCCAUCAUCAGUGCACACCAGCUCUUCUGGCAGGAAGUGAUUUAUCCCAUGUUGGAGGAAGUCCGUUCCACGGGCAAACCUUUUAACCCGAGGGGCUUGGAGGCGGGGUGCCUCCAGUUCCGCGAGCGCUUCUCAGCAUACUGCCAUUACUGCGCCGAGGAGGAAACCACCUUUGAGUUUGCGCGUCAACAAAUGGAGAGCAACCUACAUUUUCUCACAUAUGUGCAGCAGUGGGUGGAGACUCACCCGCAGUGCGCACGAAUGCGUCUUGGGGACAUGCAGGCCAAACCCCACCAGAGGAUCACCAAGUACGCCCUUCUUCUCAAGGCAGUGCUCAAGACCACCCAGGAGCCUGAAGCGCAGCGCAGCCUACGGAGCAUGUUAUGCAGCGUCAACGCGUUUCUGGAGAACGUCAACGAAUACCUGAGGCUGAGGGACGAGGAGGUGUCACUCACCAUCUCUGCUCAGAGGCUGGAGGGCUACGAGAUGGAGGGAAUCAACGAGGAAAUUGACAAGCAUGUGCGCGACAUCUGCCAGUUUGACCUGACGUGCCCCAUCGUUGGCGUCGGUCAAGAAGUCGUCCGCAAGCUUCUCUUGGAGGAGAACUUGAAGGUCCGUGGCAGGAAAGACAGCAAGCUGGAGGUGGUGGCUCUUCUGUUCUCCGACGUGCUUCUCAUGACCAAAGUGCAGAAGAAAGCAGAACGCCUGAAGGUGGUUCGGCCUCCGCUGGCCCUGGACAGAACGUACUGCAUUGUGCUGAAGGACAACUGUUCCUUUCUCCUGGUAGAGGUGGGGGAGCUUUGGUGUCCCGUCAACGCUUACAUCUUUACAGCCAGCACCUCAGAAAGCUGCUCCACUUGGGUGUCCGCCAUUCACCAGGCAAAGAUGGACCUAAGGACCAUGAGGGAGGCCGAGAGAAGACAAUCAGAGGCGGAAAAAAGCCCUGCCGCGGUCGACGGGACCCGUGCGUUUAUUUUAGAAGACGAUUUCAAACGCGGACUACCUCAAUUGUCAAAUGGCACUCAUGCAUCUCAAGAUGCUUCGGGAAAACCCAACCAUGGCUUUGAAAUCUUGCCUCAAAAAUUUGCAAUCAAAGAGAAUGGCUGGAAAGGAGGAGGAAAAGAACGCGAGACCCAUCCAGACGACACGUUGAGCCAGUCUUCAAAAAAUGCUUGGAAAGCUCCCGAUCAGUCUGUUCCUAAAAUCAACGUGAGCGUCAACGCCAGACCGAGUAUUCUGGUUCCGGGCGGGUAUCCCGAUGUUGACUACCCAACGCAUGAAACCAACUCAUGGCCAGUUCUCGACCAAACGCGGAGGGGUGGCGUGUUACCCGGGAAUGGCAGGAUCGUCAAUUCUAAACCUGUGAAUUAUUCCACAGGGAAAAACCACAAGCCUGGAGGCACGCCGUCACAUGCCGAGAACAAAGCCUUCUCAAAAGCUCCCAUGUUAGGACAGAGGAGGACAGACAAUGUCCUUCAAGCAAUCGACCUGGUGGAUAGUUCAGGACCGGCGUGGUCUUCCUCCAACUCAGACUCUGACUGCAGCGCCAAUACAAAGAGCUCCAAUCCUCACAUCGUGCUAAAGCUGGGCGCCCUGAAGCCCACGCGAUGGACAUUUUGGAAUAACGAGCCCAGAGUGUCGCUGGACGCCGAGAUCUUUUCGGAAUCUGAACUGAGCCCUCAGUACAGGAAGCCCAAAAUGAAAGCCGAGAGGAGCGUGUCCAUACCUAACAUGUCGACGAGUCAAGACAGGGUUCACUCUCCGGACAGAUCUUCCACCACGUCUCCGCUGAAUCUUCUGCAGAGAGCUAAAGGGCGAGCGAGGGACAGGCAAACGGCAAAGAGCGACAAAAACAUCCCUUUGAAGGCGCUCGCAUCUCCUCUGAUCUCCACGUCUGCGAGCGACAGAGACGGCGAGUGGGAGGAAGAAGUGCAGCUGCAGAGGCACAGAGUCCUCACGGUGAGUCGAGGAUGGAGGGAGCAGCUGGUGGAUGGCGACGGGAACGACAGGAUGGACAGUCCCCUUUUUGCAAAUGGCACCAACGUGGACUGGCCCGGCUGGUGCUUCGACGAGGACGAGGAGGCGGUGGACUUCGUGAACGUGGGAGUCGAUGGACUCAUGGAGGACAUCAAUCAGUCUUUGACGCUCUGGGAUAUUUCUGAGCAGCAAGACAACUUUUGCAGUCGAGUGUGAACACACGUCAUCAUCACAUACACGUAACUUAUUUCUGUAGGUCGCACAUGUAGCGCGCAUGUGCUGUCGUUAUGUAAAUACAAUUCAGGUUUUUGUAUUUUCCUACUGUUAGUCACAGUCGGGGUUUUCCAGUUUUUGUUGUGCAAUAAAUUAAGUCAACACAAAAAGCA